GCCCCGGAGGCCAGGCCAGGCCCGGCCGUUCCGGCCCCCGGGGCGCGUCCAUCAAGUCCUGUCCCAGCCUCUGGGCUCUGCCACCACUGGCCAGGACGUCCAGGCUCCCACCUCCCUCCCAGGCCUCCAUCCCUCUGCUCGGCUGGCAGGCUGACUGGCCGCCAUGCGCCUGCUGUGGGCCACCUCCCACAGCGGCCUGGCCUGGGGGUUACUCAUCCUGGGCAUCUGGGGUCUCCUGGCCGCAUCCCAACCCCAGCUGGAGAGGGAGGGGCCCAUGCAGGGGCUCCCAUACCACACAGAGAACCAAAGCUGCGGAGACCAGGAAAAGGAGUACUACGAGUCCAAGCUUCGCCUCUGCUGCUCUCGAUGCCCCCCGGGCACGCACAUCUCCACCAAAUGUAGCCGCCUCCAGAACACCGUCUGUGCCACGUGCCCCGAGAAGUCGUACAAUGAGCACUGGAACCAUCUCUCCUUCUGCCAGCUGUGCCGCCCCUGUGAUAAGAUGCUGGGCUUCGUGGAGCUCAUGCCUUGCACUAGCAACCGCAAGACCCAGUGUCACUGCCAGCCGGGGAUGUACUGCGUCUUUUGGAACUCUGAGUGUGAGCACUGUGAGCCACUCUCCGACUGCCCGCCUGGCACUGAGGCCGAGCUCAAAGAUGAAGUCACGGAGGCUAACAGCAACUGUGUCCCCUGUAAAGCUGGACACUUCCAGAACACCUCCUCUCCCACCGCCCGCUGCCAGCCCCACACCAGGUGUGAGGACCAGGGCCUCGUGGAGGAAGCCCCGGGCACCCCUCAAUCUGACACCAGCUGCAGAAAUCCACAAGAGCCCUCCGACAUGCCAGGAACGAUGCUAGUGCUGGCCAUCCUGCUGCCUCUGGUCUCGUUCCUGCUCCUCACCACCGUCUUCAUCUACACCUGGAAGAGCCACCCCUCUCUCUGCAGAAAGCUAGGAUCCCUGCUCAAGAGGCACCCAGAGGGAGAGGAAUCGAAUCCUGCUGAUGGAAACUGGGAGCCCCCAAGGUUCAAUACACACGUUCCUGACCUGGUAAAGCCACUUCUGCCUGCCCCUGGAGACUUGGCCCUGGCCUCGGCCGGCGUCCCAGCGAACCCGGGUUUGGAGGAAGAGGUGCUCCAACAGCAGAGUCCCCUGAGCCAGGCCAGGGACCUGGAUGCUGAGCCCCCAGAACAAGGCCAGGUGGCCCCUGGCACCAACGGCAUUCAUGUCACCGGCGGCUCUGUGACGGUCACUGGCAACAUCUACAUCUACAACGGGCCGGUCCUGGGGGGAGCCCGGGGCCCCGGAGACCCCCCCGCCCCCCCAGAGCCUCCGUACCCCAUCCCCGAAGAGGGUACCCCCUGCCCUCCCGGGCUCUCCAUGCCCUACCAGGAGGAUGGCAAGGCUUGGCACCUGGCUGAGACAGAGACACUGGGGUGCUACGCCCUCUGACAGAGCCAAGGACCCAAAGUGUCAGCCAUGCCGGAUGAUGUCUGGAGGAGCCAGCAGAAGGGAGGCUGCCCUCCCCACACAGGCCUGACUGAGGGCCUGGGAAGGGCCCGGAGGGCUGGACCCUGAGGGGCCAGGCCUCAGACAUUGCCUCUCUGAGAGCAGGACCAGCGCUGGCUGGGAACGGCGCCCCGGCGGGACUCUCCAGGCCGCCUGAGCAGGCCCGGGACUCCACUGCAGACUCCCUGCCCACUGCGGCUGCACCGGCUCAGCCUCAGGCACAGACAGGGCACGUGACCCUAACCACUGCCCCCUGGCAUCUGAAUCCCAAGCCUGGCACGGGACGGAGCCAGCCACGCAAUCACUCAAGGACUGGGGCCCCCCUGGCAGAGUCAUGGUGCUCAACAUCCCCAAGCUUCAGAGGCCCUUUGAGGGCCCGUACUUCAGUGGACGGAGGGAGACCCAACAAGAAGCUGGAGUGACAAGGAGGAUCACCCACCCCUCCCCUCCUCGACAGGAAAGCGAGUCUCUCUAACCAAGGGCUUGGGUAGGGUUCAAGGUAUAAGGGAGUUUUGGAUGGGGAGGAAAAAAAUUGGUGAGUGUAUUUAUGAACUGUACCCACAUACAAAUAAAGAGGAGACUGAGACCUAGGCCCUUGAUUUCCUUGGGAUUUAUAGAGAAACACGAUUCCACUGGGGCCAUGUCAACGGCACAGGUCAAAACUAUGGAAUAUAAAAUGUCAUCAACUAUAAUCCCACGAGGUAUUUGUGUGACAGGCUGGUAUAUGGAAUUCAGGUGAUGAUAGUAUUGGACAAUAAUCUCUGGCAUUGUGGCAGGCAGUGUUCUCAAUGCCAUGCGACCUUACCUUAUGCACCCCUCACAAAACCCUCAGGAGGCAGGUAUGAGGACUAUUCCCAUUUAACAUAUGAGGAGACUGAGGCCCCAAGAGGGUAAGUCAGUUGCCCAGUUUAGCUGCACAUGGUUGGGACAGGCCCUGUUAGACUGGCUCUAGAGUCCUAGUGGGUAAAAAAGAGAAUUUCUCUGAAUAGAUAAAAUGGACUGGUUUUCUCAAAUCAUCAGACCUCCUCCAUACCCUGCAGGUAUGAAGUUCUCAGCCGACUCUCAAACCCCCAGGUUCAAAACAAAGUACAAAAGGGUUUGGCAAGGCUUUCCGUUUUGUCUGUUUGGCCGCACUGUGUGACAUGCAAACCUCCCCAACCAAGGAUCAAACCUAUACUCUGCAUCAGAAGCAUGGAGUCAUAGCCCCUGGAACACCAGAGAAGGCCGUAUUUGGCAAGGUUGGGUGAAGGGAAAGAUCCAUACUUUAGACCUAAAUUGAGAGGCCAAGUUCACAUUCUGCUGAUAAAGAGGUGGAGGCCGGCCUCCUUCAACCAGAAGAAGUACCAUGACUUUUACUUUAUUUCUUCUUGUCUUGCAGGCUUACCGCGCUUUAUUGUGGGUUUUUUUUAAACAAAUCGUGGCAACCCUGAG